AUUUUCAAGCUUUCGGCUUGAGAGCUACGAGUGCCGCUUCAGUUUCGAUCAAGUAAACAAAUAAAGUAUUAAAUAUAUUCUGCCGAGAGUAAAGUUGAAAUCAAAAUUUAAAAAUGAAUAAAAUAUUCGUGAUGUGUCUGAUUGUGGGAACUAUACUCACCUCAAGCUUAGGAGAUCCAUUGGAGCGUCAGAAACGGCAAGCCAACCAAGGAUAUGGAAUGGGUGGCAGCGGAAUGGGAAGAGGAAACGGGAUGAACGGCGGAAACGGCGGUGGAAACGGAAUGGGUGGACCGAAUGGAAAUGGAAACGGAAAUGGAAAUGGAUAUGGUGGUCGUGGUGGAAAUGGAAUGGGAGGAAACGGAAUGGGUGGCAAUAAUAUGGGUGGAGGAUAUGGGGGCGGCGGAAUGGGGGGUCGAGGAGGCAACGGAAUGGGAGGGGGAUAUGGAGGAGGAAUGGGUGGUCCAAAUGGAAAUGGGAAUGGAAUGGGAGGACGAGGUGGAAACGGAAUGGGAGGAAACGGUAUGGGCGGAGGAAUGGGAGGAGGUAUGGGUGGCGGAAUGGGAGGUAACGGGAUGGGAGGAGGAAUGGGCGGACGAGGAGGAAACGGAAUGGGCGGAGGAAUGGGAGGAAACGGGAUGGGAGGAGGUCGUGGAGGAUACGGCAACGGAAUGGGAGGCAAUGGAAUGGGCCAAGGAGGAAUGGGCGGCAAUGGAAUGGGGCCUGGAGGAAUGGGCGGUCAGGGCGGUCAGGGCGGUCAGGGCGGUCAGGGCGGCUACAAUGGACGCGGUGGAAUGGGAGGACCAAACGGAAUGGGAGGCCCCAACAGAAUGGGCGGACCAAAUGGAAUGGGCCCUGGCGGUUGGGGUGGCAACAAUGGCUACGGAAACAAUGGAAACUACCGAAACAACAGUAGCAGCUACAGUACAACCUCCGCCACCACGACCACCGACAGUGGCUGGUAGAGUAGGAUCGCCUCCGACUGAAGGAUAUUUUUUCGGUCUAAGAAAGAUUUCAAAUCAAUUGUUUGUCCUUAAUGUUACAAAUACAUCCUAAAGCAAUGAAAAAAUAUAAAAAAAUAUAAA